CCCAACCAAAGGGAAAGCAGCUCUCCGCCGCCCCGCCCCACCGUGCCCUAGCGGGCGCCGACGUCGUCCCCGCCCCGCGACUCCGCGACGACGGCGCCUCUUCCUCCCUCUCCACGUUUCCAAGUUCAGGAGCUCCAAAUAGUACAAAACAAACCAAACGUCAACCAUGCAGAGCUCACGCUUCUGGUUACGACCGGGAGAUACUGACUCUGAUGAUGAUGAGAGUAAAUCUGUUGGUCAAAUGUCAGCCAUGCAGACCUCACGCUUCUGGUCACGACAGGGAGAUACUGACUCUGACGACUAUGAGAGUAAAUCUGUGGAAAGUUUGCCUGAUGACGUCCCUCCUCGUCCUAUCAGGAAUCCUGAGGACCACAAGUAUUACUUGGGCAACUCAAGUGACAGUGAUGAGUCGGAUACUCAUCGUGUGGUGCGGCCAUUAAAGGUCAAACUUAAUGAGGAGAUGUGGUCUACUGUUGAACAGAUACGCAAUGCUAUGAAGAUCAAUGAUUGGGUUAGUCUCCAAGGUUGCUUCGAAAACCUCAACAAACAGCUUGAGAAGGUUGUUCGUGUCAAUGAGUCCAACAAGCUUCCAAAUGCAUACAUCCUUUCUCUUACAUUGCUUGAAGACUUCCUCACUGAGUCACUCGCAAACAAGGAAGCCAAGAAGAUGAAUAGCAGCAACUCAAAGGCACUAAAUUCAAUGAAGCAAAAUCUUAAGAAGAACAACAAACAGUAUGCAGAGCUGAUACUGAAGUGCAGAGAGAAUCCGGAGUGUUUUUACAAGGAGGGUGCAAAUGACAAGGGCAAGGAUGACAGUGAUGAUGAAUAUGAUAGUGAUCCAGAUGUUGAUAUAAAUAGGCUAGCAUCUGAUAAGAGAGAGGAUAAUAAUCAUCGGUAUGGACAGAAUGAAGAACCCUUGAACAAGAUAACCGACAAGGACAAUCCUAUGGACAAGCAGUUCUCCAAAGACCCAAGUGAGAUUACUUGGGAAAUUGUUGACAAGAAGCUGAAGGAAAUUGUGGCAUCAAGGGGCAAGAAAGGUACUGGGAGAGUUGAAAGGGUAGACCAACUUAUGUUCUUGAGUCAUGUGGCAAAAACACCUUCUCAGAAGCUCAAAGUUCUUUGUCAUGUGAUUUCAGCUCAGUUUGACAUCAAUCCCAGCUUGCUUGGCCACAUGCCGAUCAAUGUGUGGAAGAGCUGUGCUAACAAUAUUCUUCUUGUGCUUGACAUCCUGCAGCAAUAUCCCAAUAUUGUGAUUGACAACUUAGUUGAGCCUGCCGAGAAGGAGACUUGUAAUGGUGCUGAUUAUGGUGGAACUAUCCAUGUGUCAGGUGAUUUGGCUGCCUUCCUUGAGAGACUGGACUCUGAGUAUUUCAAGAGUUUGCAGUACACUGAGCCACACACAAAAGAUUACGUCCAGAGGCUGCGGGAUGAGCCCUUGUUUAUGGUUGUUUCACAAAAUGUACAGGGUUACCUGGAAAGAGUUGGGAAUUUUAGGGCUUCUGCUAAGGUUGCACUGCAUCAAGUUGAACUUAUUUACUAUAAACCCCAAGAAGUGUAUGAUGCAAUGAGAAACUUGGCAGAACAGGCUGAAAAUGAAGAUCGGGAUGCCAAGGCGAUUGAUGGAUGUAUCAGGCCAACACCAUUUGUUGUCAUUCCAGAAGUUGUACCUAGAAGGCCUAUUUUCCCUCCCAGUAGUAGAACUUUGAUGGAUGGAUUGACAUCUAUAAUUUACAAGUAUGGAGAUGAAAGGACCAAAGCCAGAGCAAUGCUAUGCGAUGUAUACCACCAUGCAAUCUCUGAUGAAUUCCCAGUUGCCCGUGACUUGCUAUUAAUGAGUCAUUUGCAAGAUGGAAUUAAGCUUAUGGACAUAUCUUCACAGAUCUUGUUUAACAGAGUCAUUGCGCAGCUGGGUCUUUGUGCUUUUAGGGCUGGAUUGACAGCUGAAGCCUAUGAUUGCCUAUCUGAGUUAUAUGCAACUGGGAGAGUUAGAGAAUUGCUUGCACAAGGUGUACGUUAUGGCCGUUAUCAUGAAAAAACCCCUGAGCAGGAAAGACUUGAGAAGAGACGGCAGAUACCUUACCACAUGCAUAUCAAUUAUGAACUUUUGGAAGCAGCUUAUUUCAUUUCUGCCAUGUUGAUAGAGGUGCCUAGCAUGGCAGCCAGUACUUACGGCAACCGGAAACCUGUGAACAAAACAUUCCGAGCGCUUCUUGAAUUCAGCGAGAGGCUGACUUUCGUUAGCCCUCCGGAGAAUGUGAGAGGCCAUGUUAUGGCUGCUGCAAGAAUCCUUAAGAUGGGUGACUACCAAAAGGCUUUCGAUGUCAUCAGUUCUCUUGAGAUCUGGAAGCUUUGGAGGAGCAGGGAGCAUGUUCUUGAUAUGCUAAAGCUUAAGAUCAAAGAAGCAGCUCUUAAAACUUAUCUCAUUUCUUAUUCGUCCUGCUAUGGCUCCCUGAGCCUGGGCCAGCUAUCUGUGAUGUUUGACCUGACUGAAUCACAUACACACAAUAUUGUCAGCAAGAUGAUGAUACAGGAGGAGCUUCAUGCAAGGUGGGACCAACCAACAUGGAGCAUCGUCUUUCAGAAUGCAGAGCAAACCAGGCUGCACAGGUUGCUCUCUCAGAUGGCAGAUAACCUUUCUGUCAUUGUGGAGAGAAAUGAGAUGGCUUAUGGUGGUAAAUCUCUAGUGGAAGAAGCACCGAGACGCAGGGCUGAGAAUCAGGACCCUUCAAAAUUGGGGAGGUUGCAGGAAAACUAUGGUGGUGGACGUCCUGGUUACACUGGAGGAGUGGCAGGCUUCAAGCAGGCUGGUCCGAUGUACCCGAAGGACAGGAACAAUAAGGCCUUGCAUGGUAACUAUGGAAGAGUUCACAAACAGGCUUAUCCAUCUUCAACGCGCAUGGUCAAUCUGAAAAGGGCUAUUGGAGUUUAGAAGGUUGUUCGCUAUACAGGAAGGAAUGUUCACAUAAAUAAUGUAUCGAUCACUUGGAGAUUAGAUGUUACUUGGCUCUUAAAUUGUCUGCAAAUACCAUGUAGGUUUAUUUCUGUAUUUCAUCGCGACCUUAAGAUUUUGCGGCUCGUUAAUGUUCAUUGUUUUGAACAUAUGGUUUUCGCCUUGGGAAUUAAUACUCUGGAUCCUGAGAUUUCUCGUCAGUUGGUGAAGUCAUUCUGGCAU